UGUAUUAAUGAUAUCUGAGAAUGAGAGUACGAGAGUAUUGCUAGUGAUAGUAUAGAAUCCUUAAUCAAUUAUACUUCCACAUUCUUUAUUUUAUAGAUACUUUUCAAAUUUUGGGGAGGUUAACAAAAUUCUAAUAUUUGAGAAGGGCAAACUAUGGAAAUGUUUUAUUGAGAUGGGAACUUUAUAAUAGGCAAGGUUUUCUUAGUAAUAAUUAAAUGGAUGUUAAUUGUAUGAUUAAACAAUCAUGAAUGUGUAUAUUUUUAUUUAUGACUAGUAGAUAUUAUUCAACAUUAUAGAGUGUCACAUUUCUCAAUAAUAAUUCAGGAGGUGUAGAUUACAAAUAAAUGAAAUAGAGAAAUUCUACAAAAUCUAUGAAUAUUUAUGAAUAAGAAUAUCAUCCAAAAAUAUAUAGUCAACCUGUUAUAUGGCAACAAUAAUCAGAUAUUACUUUAAGUAUUGCUAGUUUAGGGAAUGAAAGAACAAGAGCUAGUUUUAAUGAUAAAUAGGAUUUGUAAGAUUAGAAAAAUGAAUUGGAACCCUAAAAAAUACAAACAUCUUUGGAAUUUAUUGAUGAUGGAGAUUCAUGUAAACAAUAUUCAUCUUUUAAAUCUAUUUAAUUUGAUGAUAGUGAACAUGAUCCUAUAGAUGAAGAUAUAAUGCUUGCAUUCUCAUCUGAAAAAAAUACAUAUUUAAAUUCCUAUAUGUUUUCAAUUCCUGAAGUAGAAGAUAAAUCAAAAAAUUAAGAUAUAGAUCCAUAUACUUAUGUAUCACCAUAAUUUCUUAGAGAAAAUUAACCAUCAAAAGUAGUUUAUAUGAGAGGUCUUAUAAAUUAAAAUAUUACACCAUUAAACGUAUUUAAUUUAUUGUCAAAUUUUGGAAAUGUGUUAGUCAUUAUCUAUAUUAAACAUAAGACAUCAGCCUUGGUUUAAUUUGAAAAAUUAUCUCAUGCUCAAAAUGCUUUAGAUCACUUAAAUAAUUAAGUAUUUUUUGGAUACAAACUUAAAAUCUUUUAUUCGAACUAUUAAGAAAUAUAAUUUCCUUUACCAUUUCAAUCACCAUAGACUUUGGUAUUUAUGCCACAACAAUCUUAAUUUAGAUUUAGUGAAACAAAAUCAAUAUCUUUUAAUCCACCAAGUUAGACUUUGCAUUUAAGUAAUAUUAAAGGUAAAAUGUGUGAAGAAGAUUCUUAUAUUAAAGAAUUAUUCAAAGGUAUUGGAAAUGUAUAAGCUAUCAAAUUCAUUCAUAUAAAUAAGUAUAAAAAACUUUAAAAUUUAGAUAAAAACAUAUGGCAUUAGUAAGAUUAUCAUCAUUAGAAGAAGCAUUAAAUGGAGCAGCUUUACUUCAUGGCAAAGAAGUAAUGGGCAGAAAAAUUAAUGUUUCAUUUACCAAAAGUAAAUUAUGCUGA